AUGAGGCGGAUUGACCACGAAAAGACACAAGCCCAGCGGGAUUUGGCGCAUCGGGCCCUGGAAUGGCUUACGCGUGCCAAGCGUGCCCUCACUCUUUGCGAGUUACGGCAUGCGUUUGCAGUGGAACUCGACAGUGCAGGGAACUAUCUCGACGAAGAAAACCUCCCAGAAGAAGAUGAACUCGUGUCUGCUUGUGCAGGGUUAGUCAUCGUGGACAAAGCGAGUGGUAUCAUACGACUCGUCCAUUAUACUGCGCAAGAUUUCUUCAACAAGACCCAAGAACAACUGUUUCCGGGAGAUGAGAGAGGCAUCACAAGCAUAUGCCUGAAGUACCUCUCAUUUGAAGGGUUGAGUGGGUUUUGCAAUUCAGAUGAUGAAUAUGAGAGCCGCUUGAGGAGGAACCCUUUCCACAGUUACGCAGCGCAGAACUGGGGCCAUCAUGCUCUCAAUUCUGAUACGUCACAAAUACUUGACAGAAUCCUUCAGCUUCUUGGAGACUCGACUAAAGUCGAAGCCAUGAGCCAGACGAUAUUCUCUGGAAGUCAAGAAAUCGUCUUCGAGACGCGUUACCCGGGGUACAGCCAGCUUUUUCCACGGCAGGUGCAUAGUCUGCACUUAGCCGCCUACUUCGGCCUGAAGGAGCCAGUCCAGUACUUGAUCGUUACCACGAUCAAGACUGUAAUUGACAAGAAUGACCAUUACGGCUUUACACCGCUUCUUCUAGCUGCCCGUAACGGUCAUAAAACGACAGUCGAAUUCCUCCUCGAGAAAGGAGCAAGCCCUCAGGCAACCGAUCGCCAUGGCCGAACGCCGCUAUCCUGA